AUGAGUGUGUCCUUAUGUAUACCUUCAUCAGCUAUCAGACCCUCUAAUGUUUGCAAUUUAGCGCAUGCUACUGCUGUUGCACACCAGAUUGCAAGAUUAUCGGCCAUAUACAACGUUAAUGAGAUAGUUGUUUUGGAUAUUCCACUUUCUAAUCAGAUCAAGGCUGCAGCAGAAGCCACCAUAUCUGCUUCCUCUGAAAGCUCCAAAAAGAUUGUUUUCAAUCAACUAGAGAACAAUGCUUGCCAAGGUAUUAUGCCUGAGAAAGGCCAUGAUGCUGUGCUUUUAGCCACUUUACUACAGUACUUCGUGACACCGCCAUAUUUGGUUCGCAGCUUAUUCAAAUCAUCCGAACGAUUAAGCUUGAAGCAUGCUGUAAAGCUUCCUAGCAUUCGUACGUUUAUCACGCAUCCAACAGACGCUUCCAAGAACUAUAUAGAAGGCUUGACCAUUCCUAAAAAAACUCCAAAGGUGGCAAAGAAAUCGAAAAAGACGGCUUCAAAAAGAAAAUUGCAAGUGACCAAGUUUGUAAACAUUGGACGAGAGAGGCCAUUCGAAUUGAAAGGACAGGAAGUUCCUGUAAACGCCAGAGUGACAGUGGACCUUACUAGUGGAACAGUCGUGAGCCCUCAGGUUGCUUAUGGGGCAGCCGGCUGUAAUAGUGCUUUUGGCUAUUCCGUUAGGUAUGCUAACUCCAUCUCGGCUGUCUACACUGAACUGGGUGUGCCUGGUGGCUAUACGGAGACUGCUUUUGUUGAAGCCGAUGAUUAUUUUCUGAAGGGUCCGACAAAGGCUAUUCCCAAAUAUAAUAAAAAAAGUGCUGGGACCACACUUUUGCUCGUCGGCAAAUGGUUUGACUUUGAAGCUUGCGCGGCUUCUGACGACAACAUCUCAAGUAUAAUGGAUGUCAUUGACUGCGAAUUGGUCGUGCCAAGAGGUAUUAGAAUUGAGGAUGCAGCAUUUAUAGCCUUGGGUGUUAAAGACAGUGCUGGUAAUUGUAAGUCGGCUGAAGAGUACAAAAGUGACUUCGAUGUUUUAUCCGGACAGUCCAAGGUUGUGAGAACUUACGCUGUCUCUGAUUGCAACACAUUGCAGAUUUUGGGACCAGCUGCGGAAGACUCUGGGUUUCAGGUUAUGUUUGGUAUCUGGCCCACCGACCAAGCACACUUUGAUGAAGAGAAGCAGGCUUUGAAGGACUAUUUGCCCAAAAUCUCCAAACUGACUGUUAAAGUUUUCACUGUGGGUUCAGAGGCCUUGUACAGAGAUGACAUGUCUGCGUCAGACCUUGCCAACGCCAUUGAUGAGGUCAAGCAGUUACUUUCUGAGAUCAAAGACAAGAAUGGCGAAUCCUAUGGUGACGUGCAAGUUGGUACAGCUGACUCGUGGAACGUUUUGGUUGAUGGUGCAGCCCUCCCUGCAAUUAAAGCAGCCGAUUUCGUGUUCGCCAAUGCUUUCUCUUACUGGCAAGGCCAAACGAAGGAGAAUGCCUCUUAUUCUUUCGUUGACGACAUCAUGCAGGCUUUGCAAACCAUCCAAACCGCAAAGGGCUCCACUGAUCUCAGCAACUUUUGGGUGGGCGAGACUGGCUGGCCCACCAAAGGUACUCAUUUUGAGGCAAGUGAACCAAGUGUUGAAAAUGCUAAGGAUUACUGGAAGGAGGCAAUCUGUGCCAUUAGAGCUUGGGGUGUGAAUGUUUGUGUUUUUGAGGCCUUCGACGAGGCGUGGAAACCAGACAGCUCCGGUACAAGUGACGUAGAGAAGUACUGGGGCGUUUGGGAUGCAAGCUACAACCUCAAAUACCCCUUGUCUUGUGAGUUUUAA